GUCGUUGACAGUCAUUCGAGUCGUUCGAGGGGGAUGCUACAACGUUUCUAUUUUCGUCUAGCGCCAUUUGCGGGUGUUUUUUCGAUGCGAGUUAUAGAAUUGUUGGUGUUUUGUUAAUUGCACAAACAGUUAAAUCGAUACGGAUUUUUAAAUAAAUCCAACACAAUCGCGGUGUGUAAUUUGACGGGUCGCGUUCGCGCGUGUGACAGGUGAUUUUCCAAGUCACGUGCUUGUGACGAGAAUGGAAUGUGUGUAAAUCACUGCAGGCUAGGCAGGAAAAAUAGUGUAGAUUGGUAAUUACCGUAGAUAAUUACUCGCAAUUUGUUGUGCUAGCUUACUUUGAAAGAGAAUGCUCAUAUGAGUGAAUAUUGGUGAAGCGAAGUGUAAUGUCAUCAAAUUGAUAGUUCGAGUUGUUUUUUGCGUAAAUCAAUUAAAUUAAUGGAUUAGAUUCUAGUCGCAGUGGAUAAAAGUUAAAGUGGAUUGUCUGCUUGGGAUAAGAAGUGAUCGAAGAAGAUUGGAAUGUCAGAAGAGUUUUACGCAGAAGAAGCUCAGAAGUGCUUUGAUGUUUUGCCGCGAGGGUUAGUCCCGGAAAGAACGCGCUCGACCGUUCAUUGACAACUUGCUAAGUGAUUGACGUGUGUGAGAAUUUCCUUGCCCGAAGUUGUUUGUUCGACUUGUUUCCAUUCUUUCCUGGCGAAUGGUCUUUGGUGAAUGUAGUACUAGAUCGAAACGGGCUGCUGUGAUUGAAGUUUAUAAAAAAUAGAAUAGCAUUUUUGAAGCUGCUAGAAACCCAGUUUCCAGCUUGUCGUGUGAAUGAAAGCAGACUUCCAAUCACAAAUCUCAUUGGACUUUCUGACAAUCAGAUCAUGGCAGCCAAAGCGCAAGUUAAAACCGCAAUGCAAUUCGUUGAAAACGUGAUUCGGAAAUAGCUGCUGGGGAAAAAAAAAUGUGAAAUUCAGUUCGAUGCAUUUAACGCGAAAUUUUGUGCAAUAAUCGACAACAAGUGAGUGAGUGAUCGCAAGCCGAAACAGUGCAAGGGAGAGUGCGUCGGUUGUGCGCGCCUUCGUAAGAUGCCUUGGGGCUGUCUCUGUUCCAAGGAAAAGAAACGCCCGCAAAUUAGUAGUCCCAUCCUCAAGCCCGACGAAUCCAGCAAGCAUCAGCUGCUACCGGCAGUGCGACGCCCCCUACUGGGAGUAGCACCCGAAAAGCUCGAGCAACGCCUACUCGAUCCCAACCUAAACGAGCUCAACGAUCGUUCGUCGACCGAGGCCAACGGCGACGAGAGCAGCGAAGAGUACCCGAACGGCAAUGGCCCCAAACGGGACAAACUACAGCAGCAGCUAAUCCAAAAGUCCAAACUCAAGUCUUCCAACCUGAAGAGUACCACCUACACGCGAAACACCGAGAAUGACAAGUUGACGCGGCACUUGAACAAUGUUAAAUUUGCGUUCGAUGAACCGCAACCGCCUCAGACCGCUUCUCUCGCAGUCAGACCAACAAUACCAACAAAAAGCGCUCAGCCCGAAGAGUUGAUUAAAUUAGAUGACGAGGCAGGCUCGAAACGAGGUGAAGAUCAAGUGGAUCAAAAUGGCAACGGGAACUACGACGUUCUUCCCCCGGCCCCGCAUCCACCUCCGGAGGUCAUCCUGCAGAUCGUCGAAAACGCCGACGAAAACAGUAACCUUCACCUGCAACCCCCGGCUGCCGCCCCGCCGGAUGUAGUCAAAAGCAGCACCGAGAGCAUCCCCUACAUCGACGACGAGCAAGCUCAGGUGCUGCGAAGUCUCAACAGCGACCCCAACAAGGUGCGCAACUUUCACGAUGCUCGAAUCAUUACCCUCACGCCAAAGAAUGUCGGCUCCCAGGCCGAGAAGAUCCGCGGACCGUCUAGUCCGGAACUGCGCCAACUGGUCCAGGCCAAGGUGUUGCAGCAGACGGAUGGGCCGGACGUAACGCAGAUCCGAUUCACGCACAGCUUUCACAUACUGGCCAGCGGGUGUUGCGAUCGGAUCUGCCAGCACUGCCAUCUGGUGCUCAGUUUGGAUGUGGCCUUGCGGUGUGCCGUGUGUGAGUUCACAUGCCACCAGCGGUGCGUACAGCUGCAACAGAGUGCUCUGGCGUUGCUGAAAUGGAGGCAGCGAGAAUUGCCGGAUAGCGGAAAGCCUUGCUCCAGUGGUGGACGCAGCCGACGAAGUAUGGAUGUACCGCCCAAGUCGCGCUACACGGACACCUCGUACCUGAUCUUCCAGCAGCUGAAGGAAGGCGGACUGCAGUGUGCCUUUCCCGCGAUCUAUGAACUGUUGAAUCCGGGCUGCCGAUCGAAUGGCCGUCCCGUGCAGGACGAGUUGCCAGUCGGCGUGGAGCCAAUCGGUGAGCCGAAAAAUGGCGGCACCAAGAAACCGGCCGUCGGGGGUCAGUACAAGGCGAAGGAUAGUCGCAAACCGGCAGGCAGUGGGAUUCCCCGGAAGCAGAGCAAGGUCGCCGAGAAGCGGAAGAAUAGGCGCAGUUUGGAACUGAAGGCGGUCGAAGAGGCUACUCGAGAGGAGGAAGAUGCGGUCAGUGUUGCCAAAGAAGAGGGAAUUGUGGAAGUGGCGGAUGAGAAGCAAGUACAAGUGUGUGAUUUGAGGGGGGUUGACGGAGGGAGGGAUGUGACCGAUUCGCGGCAUGUGAGUGUGAUCAGCAGUGGUGACGAGCAGGGAUGUGUAGUGCAGAAGGACAUCCGAGUGGCGGUGGAUUUCCAUCAUAGGCCCAACUCGGAAGUGGAUCGCCCCGGCGGUAGUUUGGUGGAAGCGAAUAACAACGACAUCAAGUGUAAAUCGAGUAAUGAUCCCGGUGUAGGGGUCGCCGUAGGGGGUGAAGUGUUGUCUGAGUCGGAUGUCGAUUCAGUGAGGACGAUAACACCUGGGCCGGGAGCGAAUGCCCCGAAAGCGCCCAGUGUUCAAAUUCGUCGGAAGCAAUAUCUUUACGAGCCGCCCUAUCUGACCGGGUCGGAAUACAGCGAUACCGAUUUCACCGAUACGGCCAGCAGCGUGGGGGGCGAGCUGGAUGAUGCGGUGGAGUACGCGAGGGUUGAACUGAGACAGAAAAAUGCCCACGAAGAUGAACAGCAACAACUACAGCAACAGCAGCAGCAACAACAACAGAUUAUCAACAGCAAGUACAACUCGUUCCCGGCUCAACAGCAGCAGACACGGCAUCAGACCACCAACCUAAACCAUGUUAAUAACAACAGUAUCCCCAACGGGGGCAGCCAUUACCAGCAGCAUAAUUACUCGUCACAAGUCCAUCAGUACCCUCAACAGCAGCAGCAGCAAUCACCGGGGCUGUAUCACAGUAUCGAAUCCUAUCAGGAUCGAGGAUCGACGGCAGCCACCUCCCUGCGGUUGAGUUAUGUCACCGAGCGGAUACUGGCGUCGAUUCUGCCCGCGAGGCGAGCGAUCCGCAACGGUACUACCACGCCAGUGCCGGGAUUCGCCGACGAGCACGAACGGGAGCUGAUCGAGAUGCUGGAGCAGAAGCACGAGAAGAACUACCGGAUAUUCGACCUGGAGUCGUGCAUCGCCAGCAUCAGCCUGGAGAAACUCUGUGAACUGUGCAAGCAUAUCGAUUCGUGGCUCGGCAGCGGCAAGGAGAAGAUCGUCGUACUGCAGGACAGGGAGGACAAGCAGCGUCUUGGAACUGCCAUCGCUGCCUACCUGGAGUAUCAGAAAAUAUGCGGCUCCAACUUUCCGCAAUCCAACCGUACCAAAGCCCUUCAAUCUCCCGGUAGCCCAGCGGACCUCAGUGGCCGUCGUACGCCCACCUGGCUCGAUCUGGACAUCUAUUCGACGCAGAAAUUCCUAGAGUCGAUAACCGGCCCGUUACGGAUCCCUUCGCACAAGCGUUACAUCAAGUACUUCUCCGGGUUGCUGUCCGGUACCAUCAAGAUGAACGCCGCUUCCCUGUUCCUGCGGGCCAUCAUCGUCGAAUCGCCGCCAUGCCUCCACUACCGCUCAGUGACCGUCAACAGCGAGUGGCGCAGUUUCGUCAAAAUCUACGAGGGCGUCCGGUGUCUGUUCACGUCGGACAUCUACGUGAUACCGAUCACCACCCGGCAGUUUAUCUACGAGAUCAAACAUCCGCUGCGGUUGCGCGGGGACAUUCUGAUCCGGUGCUAUCAGAUCAUACCAAAUAACAACAAGCUGCACGACGAGAAGGAGCUGAUCUCGUGCGUGCAGUUCCACACCUGUGCCAACGAGAGGGAAGUACAAUUCGCCAAGGUCGAGCUGGAUCUGGCGUGCAACGAUGAACGGUUUCCGGCCGAUCACAAAGUGAGGCUUUGCUUCGAUACCACACCAAAUGAGAGGAGUGCGAUACUGGUCUUCCAAAAUCCGCUGGUGCGAAUAGAACCGAUUAUCGAGGGCGGCGACCAUCUGGAAACGAUCAAUGAAGACGAAUCGAGCCACACGCACGGACCCCUGGAUGGUUCUCUGUACGCAACAAUCCUUAAGAGCCCAAAAUCUCCAACCGGAAGCAGCAGUGGGGGCGGUCAGACGUUGAUUUCGCCACCGGCCGAGUUCAGCAACGGCAAACCGAUUGCGAACGGCCAUCACCAUCAUCCAGUGCCACCGGUAACUCCUCCGCCGCGGAGUUCUUCCGCCCUAAGCUCAGCGAGUUAUUCCAUCUACGAAAGUGCCAAACGCGGUUACCAAAGUCCUGCAGCUGUAAACGGAAGUGCAUACCAGCAACAACAGCAGCAGCAAUCACAGGGGGGUAGCAGGGGACCCGUAGUGGGUGGUGAGAGUGCUAAUAUUAGUAAUAGUGAAAGUAGUGGUAAUAUUGUUGUUAGUAGUAGUAGUGGUAGCUACCGAAAUGUGAUAGAAAACGGGGGCAGCGGUGCUACGUACGAUCAGAACCAGAAUCUUGUGAACCAAAGUCAAUCGCAGCAGCAGCAGCAACAACAACAACAGCAAACGCAAAUCCGGAGUCAAGCCGAUGGGCGCGAAUCGGUGCGUAGUCCGUUGACGCUUUCUAUGGACUCGGGAAUAUCGAGCAGUGGACCUGUCAAUCGUCGCCUACAGGGCUCUAGCGUAUCGCCAUCCAGUUUUCCCAGUCAAGCUAGUCCGCAAGAUGAUCGCCAUCGGGAACUGGACGAUCUGCUGUCCGACAUGCUGAUGACGGUUCAAGGCAUCCCCGACGUCGGCCGCAGCAAAGGAGCAUCAGCAUCCACGCCAACAACAACAACAACCCAACCAAUGUCCUCAACGCAAGCCACCCACCAUCAUCAUCAUCAUCACCAUCACCACCUUCACCAGCAGCAGCAACAAGGGAGCGAUCAUUUCAUCAAUACCAGCACCGAUACCAUCAAGCGAUCGCAUUCGGCUCAGCUGCCAGCACUCAGAGAAUCGGCCAAAGAGCGUGAGCUACUCCUGUACGAAACGAGCAGCACGACGACGACGCUCACGCCGCCUCCCAGCGAGAGCGGCCGCGAGACCCCACUGCUCAGUAGCGCCUACUCAACCAUCCGAGAUAAGCGGGAUCUUUGUCUCACGCCGACCGAGCGCGAACUGCUCAUGAAUCUGCAGCAACAUCAGUCUUUCGGCUAUCCCCGUCAGGCGCGGUCUACUACCGGAGCUUCGGAACGGUUCACUUCGGACGACGACGACGAUCAUUACGGCAACAGGCAGAUUCCGUAUCACGCCCGGGAGGACUCACGACCCUUCACCUACGGCAGCAUACCGCUAACGGGUACGCCCCAAAAUCCGCCCGCUUCGACCAUGCUCAAGAUGCAAUCGGGCCUGUCGAGUCCGUCGAUGGUGCGCAAAGCGCUCGGGACGCCAACGUCCGCUCGGAAAUCCACCGGGCUGGGGGGCGGCACAAGUUCGGGCGGUGGUAGUGGUCCUUACGGUGGACGCAAUUCGGAAUUCGAAGAAAUGCUUCGCGAACGGCGCGAAAAAGUGUUCAGUGAAAAGUAUACUAUCGGUGAUCAGUCUCCCAGGGGGACCGACACGGUGGACAAUCGGUGGAACUAUAGCACCACGAUCCGGACGACGGUGGAACAGCCACAGCUGGGCGGCGGCGACACCAACGGGUAUCCCCAUCCGCACGAGCCGCUCAAACGGUCCAACACCAUGGACGGCAGCUUCGGAAGGCAAUUCUCCAAUGAUGGAAUCUCCGGCCAGACAUGGCUUCAGCUUCAGCAGCAAAAACUCCGCGCCAGAAAGGAACAACAGAAACGAGAACAUUCAAAUAGCUUUAGUUAUAGUUAUGGCAGCCCUGCAUUCCCCACCAACGCCUCGGACACGCUGUACAACACCACGCACCGGCGGAGUCAGACAUUGUCGCCGGUGCGCAACGAACGCAGCUACCACACGCUUACGACGACGCACACGCGGACAAACUCGACCGAGCGGCCAUUUGUGGCCGUCAAGCGAGCCCACGAGAACGCCAAGAUGCAAACGAUUGGUUCCGCACCACUGUCCGUCUUGAAUGCCUCACCGCACGGUCACAUUGCACAAGCCCAACAACAGUCACCACCGCAGACAUUGGCAGCCGCAGCCCCAUCGCCAUCACCAUCCGUGGCUUCGACGACCGUGGUUUCCGUAGAACAGCAGCAUCAACAGCAUGGUAGCAGUAGCAAUGCCAGUAGUAGUAGUCCCAUCAACAAUGGCCAUCAUUCACAUCAUCACCAUCAGCACCAUCAGCAUCAACAAGAUCAGCAACAGCACCACGUCAGUUUCGAUAGCAGCGUGGUCAGCCAGAAUGGGCUGCUCUCGCUCGCUGAUCAGGAUCAUUCGACUCCGAAGCACGGACAUGUGAGAUUGGAGUCCGAACAGAUAAUCUUCAGUAACAUAGACUGUCUCAAUAAUCUCGAUACUAGCGAAAAACUUAACCAUCUGCUAAAAGACAUAACCAACAGUGCGGCCGCGGUGCAGCGAGCGGUCAAAAGCAAUGGCCACGUCCUGCCAGCUCCGAUACCCGCCAUUCCUGCCGCCAGCAGUGUUGUGACUAGCCCAAGCAAUAAUCCCAGCGCUGCUACUAGCAAUACCUUCGCUACUACCACAACCUCCUCUACUACUACUACCAUUAAUCAUCAUCAUCAGCCGAAUCAUGCUAGGUCCAUCAAUCAUACCCAUUCGAAUCAUUACCAAAACGGCCAAAGGCGACCCCCUGCUCCGGAACCGAUGGACAUCUCCCCAACCGUCGACGGACACGAAUGUCUUCGAAUAGGGGAAGAUCCCGGCUCACUGACCCACAGUGGUCAACUAGCGCUCGAUAAACUCCUGGCUUCCCUAGCCCUGGAAAACGACGUUACCGAACAGCAUCUUGCCAAGAUCGAUCAGCAGCAGCAACUGUCGGCGGUAAUUGCCAACCUUACGGAGUACAAUCUGAGCGAAGCUCAACGACUGAACGUGUACAACGGAAACGAUCUGGGUGGGGAUGCCUUCCGGACGCACGCCGACAUUGUCAACGGCAAUGGGUUCCACCACCAUCAUCAUCAAAACGGUCAGCUUAACGGCCGGACGACAGAUCCCGGAGCAUUGCUAAUGAAUAACCACGUGCGGAGGAUAGCGUCGGAAAGUGACAGCACAAUCUCAUCUAUCUCGCCGAGCCUGUCGGAGCGAAGUAAUGCCAUCUCCUGGUGCGAUCAGGCUAGAGAAGAGUCCUUCUCAUCCUAUCGCUCGGAGACGGAGCCGGACAACUCACCAGCCGGCGGUUCGCCACGGCCUGAGACGCCCGCCUUCCCAGUCACCCCACGUACACCGUAUGGCCUUAGCAAUGGCAGCUCUAGUCCAGCAUUGCCGCCCAAGAGUCCGACAUCACAACGAAAAUACAACUCGACUUGGUCGCUGAGAAGUCAGAAAUCGACUGUCUCCACGUACGACAUGAGCAAGGACUUAUUCGCCGGCAGCCAGCAGCGCUCCCAACAGGAGCUCAUCAACCAAAACGACACGGUUUCAUGCUACACGUCACGCCGUAACUCGACCACAUCCAAUGCCACCAGCGAACCGCAAGAGGUGGCACCGCAGUUUGUCAAGUUUGCCCGGGAUUCGUCCAAGUAUUGGUACAAGCCGAACAUCAGCCGCGAAGAAGCGAUAGCCUUGCUGCGGAACGCCCCACCCGGAACGUUCGUGGUGCGCGAUUCGACCACCUUUGCCAACGCGUACGGCCUGGUGGUCAAGGUGGCCCAUCCACCACCCGGGGUGCAGUCCAAGGGACCGAACAGCGAGGAACUGGUGCGGCACUUCCUGGUCGAACCGACGAUCCGCGGAGUCCGGUUGAAGGGUAGCCCGAACGAGCCCGUCUUCACGUCGCUCUCGGCUUUGGUGUACCAGCACUCGAUCACCCCGCUGGUUCUGCCCUGUCGGCUCAUCAUACCGGACACGGAUUUGCAACAGACGGACUUCCAUUCGCCGGCCCAGCAGCAGCUUCUGAUGCAAGGCGCUGCCUGCAAUGUUCUGUACUUGUUCACCUGUGAUACAGAGUCGCUCACAGGACCCCAAGCCAUCAGGAAAGCAGUGGGACUGCUGCUAUCGUUACGACCGCUUCCAAAACCUACGCAAGUGCACUUCAAAGUAUCGAUCCAGGGUAUCACGCUCACCGACAACACUCGGCAGCUGUUCUUCAGACGACACUACCCAUCAAACAACGUUUCGUUCUGCAGCCUGGAUCCGGACGAGCAUCGGUGGAGCAUUCCAUCGACUACUGGAGACAUCCCAUCCAACAAGCGCAUCUUUGCCUUCGUCGCCAAGCGGUCACCGACCUCGGCGGACAAUCAGUGCCACGUGUUCUGCGAACUGGAAACCACCCAACCGGCUUCGGCCAUAGUCUCAUUUGCCAACAAGGUUGUACUAGGGGGCACCGGCGGUCAACAGCCUGCACCUGCGCGAGCAAUUUAAAGUCACGAAUGGGAAAUCAUACAAAUACGAUUGUAAAAUUUAACAAAGUCAAGUCAUUUUGUAAUUGUAAUUCUAACACGUUUUUACAAUUUAUGCAUAACUCUGGAAAUCCGACUAGCAGAGCGGUCGGAUUUAAAAUUACUUAUUAUGUAUUGGUACUACUUAAUGAAAAACAAACUGGAAAUUAAGCAGCCACAAAGCAGCCAUAACUGCAUGGAAAUUUAGAAGAGAUUGGACACCACGUGUAGCAUAAACAUAAAAAAAUAUUGUGUAGUCAACGCAGAAUUACACUUAAUAAUUUGAAAGCAUCUGUAUUAUUUAUGUUUAAAAAUGCUAUCUAAUAACUCUACCAUGUACGUCAUUGUAAUUAUUAUGAUUUAGUUGAACGCAUGUAUAAUCGUAGUUCUCCGCGCAAAAUAAGAGAAAAUAUUAUUUAACACUGAAGAAAAAUAUUUAUGAUGAAAAUAAUUAACCUUCCUGUGCUAAUCUGUAAAAGAAAUUCCUUACCCUUUAUUGCUCCGCAGAAACACAUCUCAAACUAACUCCUGCACUGAAACAAAUGAAACGAUACUUUUCCUGCUUUGACGGGCUAACUUUAAAUGCUACUUUUGAGUAGUUUUACUUUUCUACAUCGCUUACACACAGAUCUGACUAACACAAACACAAUCAACGAACGACACGUACACACUUGCACGUAUAGAAGAUGCGACUGCACAUACACUACAACAAAACAAUUCACUUUAUUCUUUUUUGAACGACAGCAAUACCCCGCACAAGCGCAAACCACGAGCAAUCCCUUUUCGCAAACGCUUUUGUAUUCCUUAAAAUCUUGUUCCUUCGUUAGUUUAAAUUUGAUUUAGAAUUUCGAAACCAUUAAUUUUCUUUUAGCUUUUUUCUCUACGCUGAAAAUUGCUUUGAGAGAAUUGCCAAAAAUUAUAAAAAUCUUCCAAAAACAUCCUAAAAUUGGAAAAUUGAGAAUAUUUUUUUCGCUUUGCCGUACUGUUGUCAAAGAAGAAAUAAGUGUUACGAAAAAAACAAACUACUAAACGAACAAACGAACGAAUAAGUGCCCCACGAGCACUUAUAUUAGACGUAAAACGCUAAAAAGAAAAGUAUUAAACAAAAAAGUUAGUCACUAGAGAAGCAAUCUAAACCUACAAACCAACAUAACCUAAAAGUAGUGCACUCAAACGGACUAAUCAAUCGCGUGACAGUUGACGCGGAAAUAAUGAGAAAAAAUGUGCCUAAUUUGAUACCGGUUGAAAAACUCGAAUUUAUACCGUUUAAUACAUGAACAUGUACGCAGUUGAUCGUUUUCUAAUCGUUGGUAGCAACAUUCUUGGAAGAAAUUUUGCAAUAAAACUUGCACACGUAUAAUCACUUCAGGAGUUUCAUAAAAUUGUCGUUCAACGUAAACUUACUCGGAAUAGGAGUUGAAAGCGAACCACAAGUGUUUAAACUAGUCCCGUAUACCACAACACAAACAUACAAACAAAACUGCAAUAGGUACCUUUACAAUAAAAAGUUAGUUUUACAUCGAUCUGAAAUUUUUGUUCUAAAAACCGUUAUUAAUUUAUUAUUGUUUAAACUCCUGCUUCCCGCAUCCACACCACUUCCACAAUUUCGUUAUAAAUAUUAUCACAAACUGGAUCCAAUAUUUCAAUACAUAGUGUAUACAUUCGGAAACAGUUCAACAAUGAAUAAGACAGUAAAAUUCAGUGCAAACCACAAAGAA